GCACCCCUUUUUUUCUCCUUUAAAAGAUAAUGUCUAAUUACCCUCGAGAAAUCCUGGACAACAUAAUCAACAGUGAUUAUCUCUUGUUGAAGGAAUCUGCAUGUCCACCCACGAAAUUCCUGAAUCCAUUAUUUUCUAGCGAUCUGUCAAACCGAAAGAGGAUUCUUCAAGAUUUUUUGGACGAGUUUUACAAGAAGCCGAGAAUAACAAUAACGCUUGACUCAGAAGACGAAGUGGAAGACAACACACCGCCUGAAAACUCAAAUGCUUUAUCCAAAUUACGAUUCAACCUUGAUCCCUUAUUUCGAUUACAAUUGAAAUCUCACCAGGUGGAAGGAGUACAAUUUAUGUGGGAUAGAGUAUUUGUCAAGAAACGAGGUUGUUUACUGGCUCAUUCAAUGGGAUUGGGGAAAACUAUACAAGUGAUAUCCUUAUUAACAACCAUGUAUCAAUAUCUGCAAGCUAAACCUACAAACGAUAUUCCUAGAGGAAAACGUGUGCUUAUCCUGGCACCUCUUGUCACACUUACGAAUUGGGUAAAUGAAUUUGAAAAAUGGGCUGUCAAUGAUGUCCAAACUUUAAUUGGUGAAGUUUAUAACAUUUCAGAAAUUGGGCAUAGCAAGAGUGAGCGAUUGAAAUUUUUAACAUAUUGGUAUACACAAGGCGGUGUGUUGUUGAUGAACUAUGAUCUAUUUCGAGGGUUACUUUGCACCAGCAAUUCCAAUGAUCAAAACAAGUUUUACGACCUUUUGGUGAAUCCUGGUCCUGACGUUGUAAUUUUGGAUGAAGCGCAUCGUAUCAAAAACUCCUCCUCUUUGUUAGCCUCUUAUGUCAAUAAGAUCCGAACAAGAACACGUAUCUGUAUGACGGGAUAUCCUCUUCAAAAUCGAUUGCUGGAGUAUUAUUAUAUGAUUAAUUUUAUUGCACCUGGUCUUUUGGGAUCUACAGCUCGGUUCAAGGCCUAUUUCAGCAUGUAUAUUGAUCGAUGUUAUUCUGAUUCUUCGCUUCAUGUUAAGGAACAAGCUGCCUUUAAACUGUAUGUGCUUCAAUUAUUGACGGCUAAUGUCACCCACAGACGCGAUGGUAGUAUAUUGGAAAAACAAUUACCUUCCAAGACGGAAUACUUGGUUCGAUUUAAACUAUCGCCUGUUCAACAUAUUGGAUAUACCUUUUUACUCAAGUCAGGAUUUGCGCAUACUCCACUUACCAGUUUAUUCGUACUUCGUUCCAUGUGCAAUCAUCCCAAAAUCUUUCACAAGUUCAUGGCAAGACGAUCAAAAUUGAAACGAGAUGAUGAAUUGAACAGGCUGGACCCUGAAGAAGAGGUAGAAUCUGUGAUUGUAUCUGAUCUAGUAGAAGAAGAUGUGAAGGAGGACGGAGAAGUAGUAGCAGAAUCUUUUAAAGUUAUCAAAGAAGUAUUGGAUUCGGAUUUAACAGAAGAUAAUGAAGAGGCAGUUUUCUCGAAGUUUUUAGACGCUAAUUUUAGUUGGAUCGAUGAAUACUUGGACAAUAAAGACAUCGAGUCCUGGAAAUGUUCGGGAAAAAUGUCAUUUAUUGUAGAUUUAAUAAAGGAAUCUAAAGCGAUGGGUGAAAAGGUAGUGAUUGUUUCGCAUAGUUUAGCCUGUCUCGAUUAUAUUCAAGACUUGCUCCCUGUCUUUGGUGUCAGAUCAUCAAGGUUGGAUGGAUCCGUUGUAGCAAUGGAUCGUCAAAUCAUCAUUGAUACUUUUAACGAUGAUAAUGAUAUUCAUGCCAUCCUUCUUUCAGCCAAGGCUGCUGCUAUUGGUAUUAAUGUCACAGCUGCCAAUCGCAUUGUCCUGGUGGAUCAAGAUUGGAACCCAUUGUAUGAUGAACAAAGUAUUGGUCGGGUGUAUCGGUAUGGACAAACCAAGCCUGUAACUGUUUAUCGCUUAAUUACUGCAAGUACAAUUGAAGAAAGAAUUUACAUGCAAAGUGUUCACAAAAGGAGUAUUUCCAAACGUGUGAUUGAUAACAAGAUAGCUACCGUGAUUUCAAGAGAGGAUUUAGUUGCUUACUUUCAAGCGCCUGAUGCCGAUCUAGGAUUGAUUGAUAUGAACAAGGUGGAUAAGAAAGAUGUGGAUUGGGUGACAAUGGGUGUAUUAAAUAAGAAUACAGAUACCAUUUCAUCCUUCAAAAACUACGAUGAUGAUAUUGAUGCUAAAGGAAGCAAAGGGAUGCCAAGUUUGUCACUUGAAUUAAGAAAAUCUGCUCAAAAGGACGCCAAUAAAUUAUUCCGUGAAUGGAAAUGUUUGGGCAAGUCGAACAAAUAAUAGAAUAAUAAACAUUUUACACACUCUACGCUUUUUCCUCAAGAGAGGGCUCCUGUUGUGUCGCUUGACAGAAACUAAUAAAACUAGUACAUCAAUUUCAUUCAGACAUGUACUUUUUAUGCACUGAAA